GUGUGUGUGUGUGUGUUUGUGUGUGUGUGUGUGUGUGAUUGCCUGGAACCUGGAAUAUUAGAGAUCCUGCCGGCGUUCUAUGAGAGCACAGCAUGAGCGCUGGGAUCGACGUAUGCAACGACAAUCUCUUGAGUUUUGGCUUUAGGACAGGACGCUGGGCACUGCGUGUACGUGGUGUACAGGUGAACAGAGUGGUGAGUCCCAGGCUGUAUAGCCCAUAGUGAUUACCCAUCACGCUCUCACUCCCUAUAAGGUCACACCUGCAGGUGAUGUUGUUUGGAGCAGUGAUCAGCUUUUAUAUACAUAUAUUUUAUAUUACAUGAUAUGAAAAUGGGACAAACUGAUAUGCGUUGAUCACCCUGGAGAAACUGACAUUUAGAAGCUUUUGUUUUCAGCUUAGAAGUUUCAGAAGAUGACUGUUGGAAGGCUGAGCUUUUGGCCUGUGCUGAAUAUGCAGUUUGUGAAGCAGGAGGCAGGGGCAGGGGUGGGGGGGGUCCCAAAGCCUGCUAUCUCCUCCUGCUCUUCAUUCACAUCUUUUUCUGUGCCUUGUCUUGUCAGUAAAGCCACAUCAAAAGCAAUUAUUUAGCCAGUUUGUGUUGUGAGCUGCACCCACAUGCAUCACUAAUGUUCAUGUUUUGUUAAACCCGUUAAGACAAAUGCUGUCAUUGAUGUAAAUUUCUUUGAAAUGUUAUGCAGUGUCUCAUUGGUCUUUUCUGUACUUUUGUUUCUCAAUACUGAUGAGAAAACUACCAUGAACAUAUAAUUGUACUUAACCUCUAUUACGUUUGUCACUUUUUCAGAAGCCCUCUGUACCCUUUUUGCUUUGCAGGGAUGGUAAAGAACCAGAGAGGACUGAGACAGCUAUUAUGUAUGAGUUUGUAAGGUUGCAAGAGGACUGUUUGUAGCGGCAGUUAUUACACUCACUCGAUUGAAUGAUUCAGUCCAAGAUUGAACCCCAAAGGGUAGUUUUUCAGUUUGGCUGAUUGUCCUGUUUGCUCUUUACCAGCAUAUAUACGUGUGCUUUUUUAAUGUGUGCCUAUUUGUAAACAUUGGUCAUUUUCUCAUCAGUUCUAUUGCAGUAAUAUGUCCAUUUUGUGUGCUUAUGUGUGUGUUAUUUUUGAUAUUGCACAAGGGAGGGUUCCGUUUGUAAUUUUGCAAGGCACCUUAUGGUUAUACCUUGAACUGGCUGUGUUGUGGGUAGCCACCUUUUAAAAGGCCACUGGUCUCCCUUCAAGUCAGUGCUUGGGACAGAGGCAAGUCUUUUUAAGACUAAGACUUUUUAAUGUCCAUUUCCUCUCCAUAUUAUCAGCUCUUUCUUUCUCCAUUAUAGCUGCCUUCAUUGCAUGUAAAUCCUUCAUAAAUUCUAUACUGUGUUUGUGUGCUUUUGAAAGCCAAAGUGUUUUUUUUUUUUUUAAUCUUUGGGAAAAUACAUGUUUACACCUAUCUAGAUUGCAUAAAUAUAAAUAUCUAUCAACCUUUCUGUGGGGGAUUCAGUCAUUUCGGUGCAUUUUAGUGUGACUGGAUAUCUCUGCUCCGCAAGUGUGGAUGCAUUAAGAAAAAGUCAAUUUUUUUUUUUCCAUCUUGGUCUAUACUCAGACUUGAUUUAAACCUUUCAUAGUUUCACUGACGUCUCGGUUACAAGUAAGAUGAGGUAAUAUCCAAGCGCAUUGAUAAUAUGCAUAGCAUUGUACUGUAAAACAAGACUGCUAUUCUCAAUAUUAUUUCCUAAAUAAUGGUGUUUGCUGGGAAAGGGGAUCCUGUUUUUGGUAAUUAGGCAAUGAAAUGUGGAGGGGGAUUGUGUUUAAAUACUAAGCACAGAUCCAAUGAAUAUUUUAACGGCAACCUUUGUUCUUGUAGGACACAUGGAGCAUAAAUCCCGUGGGGCUGGGUUACCUGGAGCACAAACUGAUUAAACAUCAUCAGUAGAUGGUCAGCUAAUCUCAGCCAGUUGGCGAAGGUGCGAGACCGCUAGAGGGCGAUGUCGGACCACAGCAUUAGUACAAAUAGCACCGGGUCUAACAACAGCUGGACCGUGCUCACUCCAGAUGCAAAUGGGGCUGCAGUUGAGAAUGUAGGCCCUCAGGAGGAUAGGAGGGGGAGUCUCACUGAUGUGUCCAGCCUUUCGGAGGAAGCGUCCGGGGCUGUGGCAGGAGGCGAGGCGCCGGGGGAAGGCGGCCGUUCUGAAGAGGGUCUUCAGGUGUGUCAGGAAUCCACCCCCGAGAGUGGCCAGGGCUCUGCCCCCCCCAGCCCCACCUGCUUAACCCCGUCCUCAUCCAGCCACAUUCCGUUACUCUCAGAUGUCAGCAGCUAUGGGCCCACGGCCCUGGAACAGGAAACCCACGCAGUCUCCGAUCUCACUCCCCCCAGCCGCUGUUCAGAUACUUAUGCCGAUGCCUACGCCCAUGUUCCCGUGGGCUCUUUCCCGGAAUCCAGUGUCCUGGUCACUGGGGAGGGGGUUGAGCAGCUGCAGGAAAACGAGCAGUCAGAGCUGGCUAAGAAGGUCUCAGAAGUCGGAAAGCAAGCAGUGCGGUUGGUGGAUCAGCUGGUCGAGGACAUGUUCCUCAUCUGGGGAAGGAGGCUGACUGGACUGAGAGUCUCUGAUACGCAUUAUGACUCUGAGCUGGGGGAGUCUGCGCAGACUCAGGGGGACCAGCUGAGGCGGAGGAAAGUACACCCCCUUGGUCCCUUGGACAAAGCGGAUGAGGAGGAAGAGGAGGAAGAAGAGUUCAGGCCCAUCCAGAGAGACCAGGAAGGUGGUGCGCUGUCUCUGAACAAGUGCAUUGUGGGUGCCCUCUUGCUGCUUGGUGUGGGCACCCUGCUGUUCUCAGGUGUGGUCGUGGACCUGGAGGACGAGGAGAAUGUCGAACGCAGGGAGCUGACGGACUCAGAGGUGCCUUCGCUCCAGGAGUGGCUGAGUUCAGAGGCGGAGACCUUGAGGAGUCAGGAGAUGGCACAGCUUGUAGAUAAGCUGGCCCAUGAGAACCAGGAGAUCACAGCCCUUCAGGCCCAGCUCCAGGUUCAGACAGAGGACCUUAACCUGGCACUGCGGCGAGCAGAAGAGGGAGGUAAGGAGCUGGCGAGGAAGGAGGAGCUGGAGAAGGAGAACGAGAGGAUGAGAACGGAGCUGUCCAACCUGCCCGACCUGCAGAUGGAGCUGGAGACCCUGAGAGCCAGAGUGAGCGAGCUGGUGCAGAUCACAGCCCACAAAGAUUCCACCCCGGCCCCAGUCUCAGUACAGCCCCCUACUGGUCAGACUGAUAACAUCUCAGCGGUGGGUGACACAGCUGAAGCGAUGGAGGAAAUGGCUCCGAGUGACAGACUGACAGAGGAGUUGGAACGACAGAGGGUUUUGUUAGAGGAGAGCAGAAAGAGGCUAGAAGGAAUGAAAGCAGAGGGGCGAGGGGAGCAGGUUGUGAGAGAAGGCCUGGCGCAGAUGGAACGGAGACUGACGGAGCAGGUGGAGAAGCUAGGGCGGCGCCGUAGAGCAGCAAAAAAGGAUGGAAGGCCACAAGGGGAGGGAGAGAUGGGGAGGAGAGGGGAGAAAGAGCGAUGGGGUCCUGAUGCCAAAGAAUGGCAGAAGGAGGGAAAACAGGAAUGGAGAGGAGAAAAGGAGUGGAGGAAAGGUAGAAAUGGUGAGAAACAUAAUCGGAAUUCGUGGAAGAAGGAGGAGAGCAAGGAAUGGGGGGAGAGGAAAGAUUGGAAAGCAGGGAAUGAAGGAGAAAAUGGGAAGCCAUUGAAGCCAAGAGAAGAGAAAAGGAAGGACUGGCCCAAAGAUGGAGAACGAAAAAGGGACGGGUGGAAAGGAGAGCUAAAGAAUGGAGAGUGGAAGCCCUAUAAAGAACAUCGUGGAGAGGGCGAGCAGGCAAGCCGCCACGGGGACGUCGGAGGCAGGAAGAAUAGGCACUGGCAGGGAGCAGCAGACAAGACCCCCCUCGAGCCGUCUCACCGCCACCAUGAGCACAACGACUACUGGAAACAGAAGAAGCAGAAGCUGAGGCACUACUACCGCCCCCUAGAGGGCUGUGAUGACGUGGCCUCGUGUGCCAAGGCUGAGGGGCUGGACCCGGUGCAGUGGGCUGACUUCCAAGGUCUGCUGGAUGGCUAUUUGGAAAAGCUGGGAGAGGGCGAGUCCGCAGGGAAGGAGGAGAUCAGCACACUGGCCAGGGACUUCUUCCCGGACGGGGUCUUCAGCCACGACAGGAUGUCAUUCCGAGACUUUGUGGAAGACGUGGCUGAGAUCCUGGAGGACAUGGCGGAGGGGCAGGGAAGUGAUGAGAUGGAGGAGGAGAUGGAGAAGUUCGAGAAGGAAGCGUUGGGGAAAUUCACGUCAGGUGACAUAAAGGAUGGAGGCGAGCUAAAGAGAGUAAAUGUUAGAGUGCGGGGCUGAGUGAGGGAGGGGGCGAGGGUGGAGCCUGAGUAUGGUGGGGCAGCGUGAGGUUCCACAACAGGCACUGUUGUAGUACUGCUCUGGGUAGCUGCUGUUUAUAUCUGAAGACCCUUCUGCAUGAGUUUUGAACAUCCCCACCAGCCUAAUGCAAUGUGUGCCCACUGCAGUAAAAGGAUCUAUCCAGGCAUCUUCUCCCCAAACUGCAACAUUACCUUGGUGUGUCUCUUCAGGAGCGACUCUUGGCGUCAUGGGAAAGUUCGAGGGAUGCAUGUCCCAUAGACCCAGCCUGAGCUUGGUGGGGGGGGGGCGUUCGAGCGACAGGUUACGUACAGGCUGGUACACGUCAACGACACCAAGAAAUGAUGUGCAUUUGAGUAAUGCACGAUGGGGGGCCCUCGCUUUGUGUCCCGUGUCAAAUUUCGCUUAGUGCCAAUGUAACACUGAUCUUAGCUGUCUGCAGCUGUAAUAUGGAGGCUGUAUCCUGAACAUAGUCAGCACUGUAGAGUUUUGCUGUUCAGUUAAGCCAGUGGGCUGUUCUACUGAGAUAUCUGCCUACGCACUUGCUAUUGUGUUUGGUGACAGUUUUUAUGUUUUAUGAUGCUGUAAUGGUGUUCAGAUUUGACUUUUUAGCACUUUUGUCACUUGCCAUAAGUAACACAUCCCUAUACAGUGAUCUGCUGUCUAGUCUGACUGUACACUUAAAACUUAGCUCUUAGUCUCUCCUUGCAGUGUUGGGUGUGUGUGGUUGAGUUUUUCCACAUCAUUGUAAGCUAUAAUGUAUUUAAUAAGACUUACCUUUCAGAGGAAUGUGUUGUGCUGAAGUAAUGAAUGUUAUUACACUUUGCAAAUAUGUGGUAUGAUUAAAGGAAAAUAUAAGAUGUGGAAGAUAUUUUAAGCACUGUUUGUAUUGUGACUUAGUUUAUUUAGGUUUGUAAAAAUCCGAAUUAAAGUUUUAAUUUGUAAAAACUA